AGGAAACUGAGAAGAGCAUGGAAUACCACGAACUUUGGGCAAAGCCAGGGAUGGUAAUGGGCUUUCCAAGAAAGACCUCAGCUUAAAAAGGAUGUUGUUUGACCCCAGAGCUGGCAUUCAAUGGCAAAGAAUCGAAUGCCGGAUUGGGCUGUUGGGUUCCAAUUCGCGGUGGGUGCGGCUAUCAAGUGAAGAUUUUCAGCGCCCACCCCCGCCCAGAAACGCGUCGGGCCUUUGAUCCGCGAAACGAUGAUCAAGUCAACCAACCAAAUUCGACAAAACUGCCAAUGCGAUCCUGGCUCUGACGUCUAGUUUGUGCCACCUCCGCAAUCUGAAUACAGCACCGGCCUUCUUGUUUACCCCUCACUUCGAUAAAGGUAUCGUUCGACGGAUUAGACAGACUCGGACAGCGUCCCUACGGCAUCCCGAGCUUGCGCCGUUUCCUCCUCCGCCGACUGUCCUCCCUUUGUUACGAACACGACACUGCCAGCCCACGUCGACACGACAGGCAGCCAAACGAGACAGUGAAUACACAAUGGGCUGGUUCUGGCAGAGCCCCCCGAGGUCGCCCGCUGAGGGCAAGCCCGCGCCCGCGAGCGCCCGGAGCGAGACCAAUGCCCCUCCCAAGCCGUCGCAGGCUCAAGACGACUCGUCCAUGGACCCGGAGAUCGCCAAGUUCCUCGCGCAGUUCCAGGCCGAGCUCAACGGCGGCAAGGACGCGUCCGCCGCACCAGCCCAAGCUCCCCAGCGGACACCUGCGCCCGCACCAGCACCACGAGCCGGCCCCUCCUCGUCGUGGUUCUCGUUGCGCUCUGACCCUCCCGCUAGCCAAGACCCCUCAGCCCCCUCCUCAAACGCAUCCGCCCGCUCGGGGGCGGCAAUGUCAUCACCGCAUACCACAGCCUCCGAAAUGAGCGGCCCCGAGGCUAUGGCAGCUUCCAUCGAACCCCCGCCGACGUCGUGCCGGCAGGCGUUCGACCUGGCCUUCCACUGCAACGGCCUGGGCGGCCAGUGGAACGCCGUGUACCGGUACGGCGGGCUGCGCGACUGCUCGGAGCAGUGGGACGACUUUUGGUUCUGCAUGCGCGUCAAGUCGUACUCGCCCGAGCUCCGCGCCGCCGCCUACGGGGAGCGCCGGCGCGAGAAGGACCUCGCCCGCUACGGGCCCGGCAUGCCCAGCAGCGAGGACGUCUGGGCCAGCCGCGACCGCAAGGUCGAGCCGGGGACCGAGUUCGCCACGCCCAUGCCCACCGCGGAGCAGGAGGCGGGCCUGGACUCGAUCGAGUGGAGCCGCGCUGAUAAUGAGCGCCGGCGAAAGAUCCGCGAGGGCUUGGGUUUUGUUGACAAAGGCCAGCAAGCUGGGUCAUAAUGAUUUGUUCUGGCCAGUACACCUGGCCAAUGUGAACAGGGGCGUUUCGUGCUAAUUGUAUUGGUAGUUGGUUUCCUCACACCUGAUUCGGCGGGCUCGAGGCUGAUAUUUUUGCUGUAUUAUUACAUUACUCCCGAAGCAGUGCCUGGUAAUAGUCCAAAAUGGCUUCAAUGCCAUUGCAUUUCUGGCCUCAACUCCAGUGCCGCAUUGUCCAAGCCCGAUGCUUCAAAUAAUGAGCCUUGAGUCCCGCAACAACGCCCUCAUACCCAUAUAACAACCUAAAGUUCAAUUAACGUGUGGACAUGUGUGGG